GCGUAAGAUAGCUUUUGCCCAAAACUGUAACUCCUUCCCUCUUUUGUCUCUCAGCAGGUUUUCUGUGAGCUGGGUCCAUGGCGGGUGAAAAUCAGAUCAUGCCAAUACAAUUCCACUUCUGCCCCUUUUCAAACGUUCAUGAGGUGCAGCUGCUGAUUUUUGUGAUCCUUCUGCUCAUGUACCUGAUCAGCCUCUGUGGAAAUUCUGCUGUUGUUCUCGUUGUCUGCACCAAACGUUCCCUCCACACCCCCAUGUAUUUCUUCCUGGCCAACCUAGCAGCAAUGGAGAUGUGCUACUCCUCUGUCAUUGCCCCCUUAGCCCUGGCCAACCUCCUAUCAGGGAGGAAGGCCACCAUCUCCCUCACUGGCUGUGGCACCCAGAUGUUUUUCUUCAUCUUCUUGGGUGGGGCUGACUGCACACUCCUGGCCAUCAUGGCAUUUGAUCGCUAUGUAGCCAUCUGCCACCCGCUGCGUUACACCCUCAUCAUGAGCUGGACAGUCUGUGUGCGCCUUGUGGCUGCAUCCCUGGUGCUGGGGAUCCUGCUGGCCCUGCAGUUUACUAUUUUGCUGUUCCACCUGCCUUUCUGUGGUACUAACAAUAUCAACCACUUCUACUACGAUGUACUGCCUGUGCUGCAGCUGGCAUGUGCUGACACAAAGAUCCACCAGGCAGCAGUUUUUGCACUCUGCAUCAUAAUCCUGGCCAUUCCCUUCCUGCUCAUCUGCAUCUCUUAUAUCUUCAUUGUGGAUGCCAUCCUGAAAAUCCGCUCUUCAGCCGGCCGACACCGGGCCUUCUCCACCUGCUCCUCCCACCUGACAGUUGUCCUCCUGCAGUACGGCUGCUGUAGCUUCAUCUACCUGCGCCCCAGCUCCAGCUACUCCCCACAGCAAGGCCGGGUGGUGUCCGUGGUCUACACCUUUGUGACUCCCAUGCUGAAUCCUCUGAUCUAUAGCAUGAGGAACAAGGAGCUGAAGGAUGAUCUGAGCAGAGUGCUGGGGAGGAAAGUGAUACCUCAAAUAAGUGAUAGCUUUGGAACAUCUUUCCAUAAAUGACACCCUUUGCUGGAGCUGUGUAAGUGGCUGAGAGGGUUGGUGGAUUCAAGUUUUGUAAAGUGGGGUGCAGGAGCUGCAGGGUGACUGCAGAGGUGGCUGCACCCCUUGCUCCCAGCCUCCCCUUCAACAAUGGAUUAGGCAGAUCAUGUAGCAGGAGCAGCAGCUGGAGAUUUUCUUUAAGUCUCCAAAGCAGGUCUCCUACUCUUGGCACCCCUUCUUCAACAGCACCUUCCCUCCCCUCACAUUUCCUCCCCUCCCCUUCUCUAAUUCUACCUCUUGGCACAGGAAAGGGAGACCCACUCCCCACUGCUGCUGUCCUGGCCAUUUCUGCCUCACUCCAGCCAGGGCUGUGGGAAGCAGCUGCAUGGGGAACCAGGUUUGGCCAGGGACAGUGGCAGCUGUGGGCAGGUUCUCCAUCCCUGCAUCUUCUUCCUGGCUGCUGGGGAGCAUGUGAGGGGGCUGGGCAGGAAGGGGGAACUCCUUCAUUGCCACCAGUGCUGCUGUCCCUGGCUGCUUCCACACAAAGCUGGUCCCUGCAGUCCUGGUUGGAGCAGGUCAGGAGUGGCUCUGAGGCUCCCCCUGCCCCUGGUUCAGCCAGGGACAGUGACAGCAGCACUCCCCUUCCUGCACCCAGAGGUAUAUGUAAAGAGGG